AUGGCUGCAGGCGAGCAUCCUCUGGUCGAGCAAUCCACCGUCCCGGUCGUCUCCGACGCUGCUGACGCCGCCUCCAAACCCUCCAUCCGGCCGGCCCUCUUCCUGCGCCCCCGCGCGGGGGACGACGCCGCUCCCCCUGCUCCGCCCGGCGAUACCGGCCCCGUCCCCGCCCGCCCGCACGGGAUCGAGGUGGAGUUCGGGGGCUGGACGCGCGUGCCCCGGCGGUGGCCGGAGUGGGUGGACAAGCUCCGCCGGCGCUACGAGCCGCUGUGGCGGGCGGCCGGGAUCCUUGGCGGCAUCCUCGCCAGCACCCGCCGGGUGCGCCGCCACCACCACGAGCGCGUCCUGCUGCAGCUCGCCGCCUUCUGGUUCGGCGCCACCGGCACCUUCGUCUUCCCCUGGGGCGAGGCCACGCUCACCCUCGAGGACGUCACCGCGCUCACCAGCCUGCCGCUCCUCGGCGGCCCCGUGCGCGCGCCCGUGUCAGACAGUCUGGAGAAGGAUGUGGCCGCGAUUGAGGCCGUCCGGGCGGUGCUACACUGGAGCAAGAAGAAGAAAGCCGGCUACAGCGCGUGGGUGAAGCGCUUCGUCGAGCGCGCGCCGGAGGCGGAGGCGCCGCCGUCCGCGGCCGGUGGCGCCGACGGCGACGGCGAUGCGCGUGAUCUGGUCGAGCACGGUGCCUUCCUCUCCAUGUGGCUGUCCCUCUUCGUUCUCUCGGGCCCGGCGUUCGACGUCGUCCGCCGAGAGGUGCUUCCGCUCGUGGCCCGUCUGGCGCGCGGCGAGAGCGUGGCGCUCGCCCCUGCCGCGCUCGCCACCAUCUACCACGAUCUCUCCGCGCUCAAACGCCGCAUAACCUCGGGCAAGAAAAACGAGCCCUUCGUCGUCUCGGCACCAAUGCACAUCCUCCAGCUCUGGGUCUGGGAGCAUUUCACCCAGCUAAGCCCUGAACCAGCGGCCUCCUCUGCUCCAGGUGAUCAUGACAUGCCACGGGCUGCCCGAUGGCAUGAAGUUGGGAAAAGGCUGAGCUCCAAGGACGUCCACGCAGUGUUCAUGUCACCAAAGGAGUUUAAGUGGAGGCCCUAUGGAAAUCGCAGUUUGUUUGGUCUGCAGCCAGAGAUGAGUGGUUUUCCGGUCCGCCUUCAGGAUAUAGCAACAAGUGAAGCGCUCUUGUCCUUGGCGCGGUGUUUGCACGCUUGUGAGCUCGUGGGCAUGAACUGCAUUCAGCAGUAUAGUCCUCAUCGUGUUGCAAGGCAGCUCGGCUUCGAUCAGGACAUCCCUGGGACGGUUCCCUGUGCAAGCUCAGGUUGGGAGAAAGCAUGGGAGACAUACAACAUAGAUGCCGAAAGUUCUGCAUUUAUCUUUCCAAAUCACAAGCCCGUUGUGACGGUUCAAUAUGCAAAGUGGUGGAAGCCUUACUCAUCAGCAUGCAGUAGUGCCAUUGCUAAUACUGCAAAGAUGAAAGAAGGCCAUGAUUUUGUUAGUCCAAUGAAAAGGAAAAUGGAAGCUGUUCUUGCUGGAAAUCCUGGCAAGAAGCUGCGUCUGCAUGUGGCCACUGCUACCCAGGGCCGCCCGCCCAAUAUACCAGCGCGAAUUAACGUCUGCCCUUUCCAGUCCUCAGGAAGCCAUGCAGCAAUAAGGCGAGCUGCAGCAGCACCAGGGCUUGUUCUCCGUGCGUGUCCACCGCACCUAAGAUUUAGAGCUAUGUCCGCCACCGGGAUGCCUCAGCCAGCGCCAGAUGCAGCCGACGAUCCACUAGAUCACAUUUCUCUUUCUGAAAGGCUCAAUUACAUUACUAAGAUGCCUAAGCAGCCCAACACACAAUGUUUGGUGAAGGGUGGUGAGCAGGAGAGGACUGUCGAAAGUGUGAAGAUUUUUAUACCAAAAUCUCCAAGUGUUGGCCCAAAUAAGGCAGUUUUACACAAAGUUAUUGAGCAAGCUUUUCCUGACGCAGUUCCGAGCUCAGCUAUUAUAGUUGAUGAAUCGUCUUGGGGGUUUGUUACGGAAAAGCCACAGGCCAAAUGUCUGCAACAAAGUAAAGAUGAAGAUCUUAAUACUGCCAAUGGGGAAAAUAGUAGCAGAACAGAGUAUUGUGAUGUUGUGCUUCUUAAUGUUGUCCAGGGUGCCGUGAGUACUGGAAGAAGUGAAGCCAUUGGAGCUAGGACUGAAGUUGAUAUGCUUUCAACACAUGAAGACAUCUUGGUGAUCAGUGAUGAUGACGAGUGUGAUAAAUCAAGCAGCAAGGGACAUGAGGUGAGUGCAAUGCAUCUGAAAUCUCAUAUGUCGGGGGCAAAAAUGUCCCUUAUAGGAGAGCGAAAUGAAGAUACCAAGCUGGUUGAUGCAAGAAACGACGAGCAAGACAGCCAAGUUUCGAAGAAAGUGACCAAACAAGGCAAUUUCGGUGAUAUCGUUGAAAUCAGUGAUGAUGAGCUUGAUGAAGAAACAAGCAAGAAAGCUGGGAUGUUUGUUGAAGCGACGAGCAAGGAAGAUGUACUGGGUACCAUGCGUCUGAAAUCUCCUGAGAUGGAACCAACGGGGACCAUCUUACAGGAGUGCAAUGAAGAAAAGCAGAUGGUCAGGGAAACAAAUGAUGAACAGGACAACGGUGUGAUGAAAGAAGGCACGGUGCAAAACAGUUAUGAUCAUCAGCUUGCAAGUGUUCAAGAUGACACAACUCCAAGGCGACAGCCAGAUGUAUUAACUCAUCCUGCUACUGUUCAAACCAAUGAUGGUCUCUUACAAGGACCAACCAAAGAAAUGGAUACAUGCAUUUUCACAGGGGAUAUUGGCAAUAUCGACAAGGUGCCCAAUGAAAAUGGUGGUUCUCUGAAUUUCAUUGAGAAAGGAAAUGAAGAUAUCUUAGUGGCAGACCAAGAAUCUGAACAUCCUAUGGAACACUCAGCAGGAACCAGUAUAAAUAAAUCAGGAAACAGUGAGAGAUUCUCUAGCAGGCUGUUAGAUGGAAAUACUAAACUGGUUAGCCAGGAAGUUUGUACUAAAACACUGUACUAUCUUAGUCGGUUUGAUCGCAUGAAGGAUGCUUGGAAGAAAGAUGCAAAUACCCUACCAAGAAGGGCAGUUGGUACGAUGGAAAUGAUACAAAAAGCAUCUGCAAUUCGACAAGCCGAAAUGGCUGAGUUGAAGAAAAAGAUUAAUACUCUGAAGGAAGAGAUUCGGGCGCUAGAGGCAGCUUAG